AUGAGGCUUUUGGUGGCUUGCGAAGAUUCUGGGUCAAUAAAGGAGGUGCUAUGCGAAAAAGGUUCUGAUACUUCAGUACAAAAUGCGCGCCAACCGUCGUUUGUAGAUCAACAUCUGUCCGAGGGCUUCAGGCAGCGAGUAGAGAUCAUGACUCUACUUGAGGGCGGCAACAGAUUGGUCGCUGCGAGAGCAAAUGGGGAGUUGCAGCUGGUGAAAAUUUCUGAAGACGAGAACAGUGCGAUUCUCACCGAAAAGGGUGAGCAGAUGGACAUCAAAGCCAAAAAACUGAAUAUAGAGUCAUCAUUGGAAGGGCUUUUCAACGAGGCAAAGAUGAUAGACAUUCAUAAAGGAUCUAAAAAGAGGUCUCGGCCCUACGACGGUUUCUGCAGCGUUUCUGUGGCACAUCCCUUACAAAACGUCUUGUUGUGCGCGACAAAAUCUGGGAUGGUACAUGUAAUCGAGGUAAAAAAUGAUAAACUGAUCAAACUAGCAUCCCACGAGGUGAAAGGGCCUCUAGAUUUUGCCCAAGUGUAUGACUUGGGUCGCAACUCGAAAACUCUUACAUUUGCCUAUGGUGGAGAAGAGAAUUUGGUUAAAAUUUGCCGCCUUAUUUCGCGGUUUUCUAAACUGGAGACAGUUUGGGAGGCCAAAAAUGUCAAGAACGAUCGCCUGGAUCUGAAAGUUCCCAUUUGGCCUACGCAACUGAGGUUUUUUGAGACCUCAAGUGAAAAUGACGCGCGCAAGAGUCAGGAAAAGUGUGAUUUCGAAUUUGUCACCUUGACACGCUACGGACAAUUCAGAAUUUACAAAACUUUACACGGCAGGAAACCUUUGCUAUCGAAAAGUUUAGUUGAGAAGGUUGAGUUUACGCCACAAAUGGCGAUGUGCCACUCCGCUAUUACCACUGCAGGUAACAUACGCGCCAAAUUGUCACAAGAACUUUCGUUUCUUGCUUCAGACUCUAAGAAAAAUAUCUAUCAAUUUGACUCUAACGCAAGGCUCCUCGGCAAGAUAGGCGCUGGAGAUGUCACAGGUUGUGCCACGUUCGUAAGCGUUCACGAAAACAAAUAUGUUUUGGAAGGUGGUCUUGAUCGUUACGUGCGGAUAUUCGAUCUGAAGACUAGAAAAUGCGUUACGAAAGUAUAUAUUGGUUCAAAAGUCAACUCAGUGAUCAUGCUAGAUGAUGAGCCGAUUCCAUACCCCAGUGAUGGGCCUGAAUACAGCAAAAAGAGAAGUGUCAACAAGCUGACAGAGGAGGAAGACAAACAGGAUGACGAAGAAAUGUGGGGUCGCCUUCAGGACAAUGACAAAAAGAGAAACAAGCCAAGAACCGCGUCGACCUAG